CUAGAUACGCAACUUAACUUUCCAGUAUAAUCUUAGUAACUAAGCAAAAAGAAACCGCGUGGGCGUUCUAUAGAAGAUAAUCCUAAAUUAAUCUUCUUCUUCUUCUUCGUCAUCCUCUAUAAAUUCAGCCCACAACCAAUUCUUUACUACUUCAAUUCAUUCUUUCUUCAUAAUAGGCUAAAAGUUACACAAUCUACAUCCUUUUUACAGACCAAUCAUGACAGGCUCACCAGAGGAAAGUCAACCCAAAGCUCAAGAAUCAGAGUCCCACGUACCCUCUGUUUCUGCUCCUUCAUCUUCUCCUGAUUCUCAAGCACCAUAUCCACCACCGGAAAUGGAUCACAAAAAAUGGGGCACACACAUAAUGGGUCCCCCUGCAAUCCCAACAUCUCAUCCAGAUAACCAGAAAGCCGCUUUAUGGAGAGCUGAGGACCAGCGUGAAGAGUUUCAUCCCCAGCCUUACGUUGUUUAUUCUCCAAUUGACUGGCGUCCUAGCAACAACCCUCUUGAUUCCGUUGUUAAUAUGUUCAAUUCUUGGAGUAACAGAGCUGAGACCAUCGCCCGCAACAUCUGGCAUAAUCUGAAAACUGGACCAUCAGUCUCAGAAGCGGCAUGGGGAAAGCUUAAUUUGACGGCCAAGGCCUUGACAGAGGGAGGAUUUGAGCCCCUUUACAAGCAGAUUUUCGCUACGGAUCCUAAUGAGCAGCUGAAAAAGACAUUUGCUUGUUAUCUUUCCACUACAACUGGUCCUGUUUCUGGAACACUCUAUCUCUCAACUACUAAGCUAGCUUUUUGCAGCGAUCGCCCCUUAUCCUUCAGAGCUCCAUCUGGUCAGGAGGCCUGGAGCUAUUACAAGGUGGCAAUACCGUUGGGAAACAUUGGGACAGUGAAUCCAGUGGUGAUGAGAGAGAAUCCACCAGAGAGGUACAUUCAGAUUGUAACAAUCGAUGGUCACGACUUCUGGUUCAUGGGAUUUAUCAAUUUUGAGAAAGCAAUGCAUCAUCUCCUUGAAACCUUGUCUAAUUUUAGAGCGCAACCUCCUGUUAAUGUGCCACAACCAGCUAGUAACUAGGAACAAAUGGCCUGCCAUAUAGCUUAUGAUGGGGUUGUACGCUGUUUUAGUUUUGUGUUUGUUCCUGCAUUAGAUAUAUAGAAUUUGUAACAUAUCUUGGAUGUUCCAUUUAUACUUAGUUGGGAGUGCUUUGUUUGUGUUG